AUGUUCCGCAAGAUUGAUGUCGCGCUGUGGGCUGCCCUUGCAGCCCACCAAGUCCCCUUCUGUUCGGGCUAUAACUUCGCACCCGACCAGGACCCUUCCAUCACAGACCCCCGAAUUCCCGUUCUGUUCGACGUUCCAGUUCCUGAAAAACUGCUCCCCAGCCCAGCCAACCCCGUCGCCGGUCACUGGACCUCCUCCUUUUUAACGACAACAACCGGAUCGCAGUAUUUCUUCGCCUCGGGCGUGGUGCUAUCUUCACCCGAGCAGACCGCCGGCUAUGGAUUCUCCCUCUUGGACCUUGCAACCCUCAACCGCGUCACGCAUUCGAACAUGACCACCCUCGCGCACGCAGGAAUUGCUCCUAUCAAUUUCAUCAGCACAGCGUACGCAAUAUCGAGCCUUCCGCCGGACGACGCGGCCAUUGCUGUUCACGGCAUCGCAGACAAUAUCUCUGUCGAUUUGACCGUUCACCAGACAUCGCGUGCACUAUACUACGGCGGAUCCGGCGCCUGGAUGUAUGUCGAUAAACCCCUGUAUGGCUGGGCCAUGCCGGCCGCCAGUACAUCGGGCAACAUCUCCAUGCCUAUUCCUCCUGGUGCCUCUCCGGCUGAUGAGGAUGACAUUGAUGUGGAGAUCGCCACUGAGAUCAUUGACCCAUCUGCCUCGCUUACCUGGUACGACCAUCUCUGGGGGCAUCUGGACCUGCAGGCUGGCAACCUCACCUGGUUCAACCUGUUUGUCAACGACCGCCCCGGCGGCGAACUCAACCUGGCGCUCGUCUCUUAUAUGCUCGACAGCAUCGAGCCGCCCUUUUUCUCUCGAAGCAUCCACGUCCGGAGUCGCAACCGCAACGAGAGCGGCCUCGCCAUCAUUCCCGUGGACCGGUUUGAGCCUAUCACGGAUCCCAACACUGUUUGGAAAUCUCCGCGCUCUGGCCUGGUCUAUCCGCAGCGUUGGGAACUAGGAAUCGAAGGGCGAGGGUUGCUGGAGAUCAGCAGUGUGUUGGGUGACCAAGAAAUGGUGGAUCCGGGCAGCGGCGCGGUUACGUACCUUGGAUUUGUGACUGUCAAGGGCGUCAUUGAUGGCAAAAAUGUUACUGGAUAUGGGAGUGCAGAGGUGAAGUUUGUUCAGCGGCUGCCCUAG